GGAGACGGACUCGCGCGUGCGUACAUGUUUGUGGGAGGAGCCAGCACCGAAACACGAAAAUUAUUAAUGAAAUCAUUAUAUUGUAAGUAUAGGCGUUUGUAUGGAGGUCUCUCUCGUUUUCAGCUCCUCUUACAUACCAUAAAAGGUGUGAGAAACAUGCUACAAUGAAAGAAAAAAACGGAAAAAUCAAUAACUGCACAAACAGACCACACCCUCUAAAGUUUCUGGAACAAGAUUCAAACUGAUUUUAUAUUUCAGGAAGAGACACUAAUAAGCUGCACAUGAUACGCCUAAAGGAAGCUGCACAAGAGUUGUCAUGGAAAUCUUACCAUUUGAGGAGGUGGAGCGUGUUGCUGGUGCCAAAAUACAGCUGCAGCAAGGUGGUGUCACUGGUAUUCAACAGUAUGGCUAUUACAACAUCAUCUCUGCACCUCAUCAAGGUUUCUCAGAAGACUCCAGUGAUGAGGAUGACUACAUGGCACCACUGGCACCUAAAAGUGAGGAAGGCUCUGUGUGCUGUGUUUGUGAAGAAAACAUCCCCUUACUGAACAAACUGAUAGAGCACUUCAAGACGCACACAGCUGAGGUGUAUUGCCACCUGUGUCGGACAAAGUUUGGACGCGUUAUGUCGCUGGCGAUACACUUAAAAAAUGCCCAUCCAAGGCACAGUUUCAUGUGUGGAAUCUGCAGAACUCUCUUUAGGUGCACAUGGCAUCUGAAUGGACAUAUGGAAAAGCAUCAGAAAGAUGCAAUGGAGGUAAAACCUGUGGUUAAAAUGGAACAGACAGAAGAAAUCAGCAUCAAAGAGAACAUAAGAUACACUGAUAUGAGAAAAAUAACCUUGAGGGAUCAUUCAUAUUGUGUCUCAGAUCAAGUAGCUACAAAUGACACUUGUAAUGCCAUCCAGAAACACAUCGACAAUGAUACAAACUCCACAAAUCAAGUGUCACACAUCAAAACACAAACCGAAAGAUUGCCUAUUAUUGACAAACAAAACGAUACCUUGAGCUUUUCCUCAUGCCCUUUGAAUCAAUCAGAGCAAGAGCAUCUAAGCUUUAAACUGAAGGAAGAGGAUGAGGAUGAGGAUGGGCUCGGAGAAACUGCAGCUUGUGAGGUGGCUGCAGAGGAGGAAACUGGACUGAUGGAGGAUGACGAAAGUACCGACACUGAUGAUGAUGUCAACACUGACUCACUACCCCCUGGUGACACGGCGUACAACCUGGAUGAGGACUUCAGCUCAGAACCUAAUGACAGUGACUCAAGAAGCAGCUCCUACGGCCAUCACCAAAAGAGACGAAAGAAACAGACUCCCGACAGUAAAAGACCUGCAAAUAGGAAUCUAGAGUCAGUUGACAUAGCAGAGAAAUUUGGGUUUCAGUUCGAUUCUCCCUUUUGCUGCUAUGGCAAAUUCGCUAAUUUGGAGAAGCACAUCGAUGAUUGCAGGAUCAAACUGAGAUUUGCUUGUUGUCUGUGCAGCAUGGUAUGUGAGAAUGAAGAGUUGCUGCUGAAGCACACGACUGAAAAACACCCCGCAGCUGGGUAUUUCUGUGCAUACUGCCACAGUGUUUUUCCUAGACUGGACAGUUACAAAAAUCAUGUCUGUUUGAGAAGACCAACAGGCAGCAUGAACUUGCCGGCCACCGUGCUAACCCAGUUACCUGUCGUGCCUUUAUCCGGUCAAGUAAGACCUUCUGCUCCUGCUUUGUAUGCCAAUCAAAACUCCAUUAAAAUGAUCAAAAUAACUCCGGCAGUGAAUAAAAUUUCCCUAGCCCCUGAUCCUCCACAUUUGACGCUGCAGCAAUUGCUUCAGACAACUCCUUUGGUUCCUGCUAAGGUGACAGAUUUGGUUCCACAAUUUGUGGCUGUGCCGCAAACUCUUAUCAGGCCCCAUUUCCCUCAAAGUUCUUGUGUCGCUCGUCCGAAAGUUCCUGUCCAUAUACCUUCAGUAGUGCGUCCCUUGAUGCCGAAUCUGGCCAGGAUGACUCUUCGUAUCCCUACCCCUUCCAAUCCACCUUUUCCAAGUCAAGUCGUCGUAUCCUUCUCACCCACAGUGAACGUCUUAGCACCCUGUCUAGUUUCAACCAACAGGCCUGUUCUGAGACAAACGCCUCCUGCUAAUAUUAGACCCCUACCUGUAAACGUCCCGCUGAUGACCUCAGUCACUUGUCCCACCCUGGUCAUUGCUCUUACUGACCACAACCAGCCACAGAUCCCUCCUGCCCAGGUUCAGGCUCCGUUACAAAUAGUGGCCAUGUUUGUGAACCAAAGCAGGGAUUUGGCUCUGCAGAAGCGACCCGAGCAGAGCUGGCGGUCCAAGACCAUCUUCCCCUGCCGCCACUGUGGUGCCGUCUCAAGACAACCGUCGCUGAAGGUGCGUCACCGCUACUUACACCGUGGGUCAAGGUUGUACAGAUGUCAGUGUGGAAGGUCGUUCCAAAGGCAGCUGCAUUUGCUGAGACACCAGGUCCAGCAUGCGGAGUCAGUCCGAUUUGUUUGUGCACGGUGCGGAAAUACAUUCGAAGGGGCGCAUAAAUUGACCUGCCACAAACGGAAGCAUAGAAAUGGUAGGUGGUGUGUGAAGAAGAAAUGCAAGGCGGCUUUUGACUGUAGCUGUGGACAGAUGUUUACAAGGCCAUCUGCACUGUUGUGGCAUAUGCUUAAAAACUCGAAACUUUCAAAACACACUCGAAAAAAUUCACAAUCUGUCUCUGUUUGAAUUGUUUGUGUAAAUGAGACACACAUAAGAUUGAAAACUCACCUUUCAAUCAACUGCAAAUAGUUUUUUUUUGUCUUUGGCCCUAAUUGAUCUUUCUGUGUUAUUAUGUGGUCAACAGUAGUGUAUCUGAUUUUUUUUGUUUGUUUUUGUUUUUUUUUUCCAAAUCCAUAAUAGCACAAAUAGUAACAUUUUAACCCUAAAGAUAAGUUUUGUAUCAGAAGAAAUGUGAUGUGAGCACUGGUAUAAUUUCUUUAUCAUUUUUUUUCUUUGUCAUAAGAUGGAUGUGACUACUGAAAGAAUGCUUAGUGAGAGUAUAAGUAUUUAAGCAAGCUCUCAUUUAUUAAUGACCAAAAACACACUUUUAAAAAUUUUUUAUAGGGGUUUUGUGUUGUAAGGUAAUGAUUCAUUCUAACCCAUUUGUAAUAAAAAAUUGUACAUAAAUACACAGAGAAAUGUUCUGUUUUUUAAAGCGUUCUCGUCAUCAUGUAGUUGGGAAAACACAAAAUGAUGUUAACAUGAGAUGGCUUUAUUAAAAUGUGCAAAAUUAAUGCUGUAAACGUUUUUCCGUCAUUUUCUCCUGCCAUUUGUUUAUGUAUAUUUCACAAUACAACAUGCAAAACUGAAUUCCUGAUCAACUUAUCUUGAUUCUGAAGCGAUAAAAAUGUUCUGGUUUGCUUCACUAUGUUCCUGGAUAAGCAGCAACAGUUAAUGAUUGGUGAAAUAAUGAGUCGUGUGCUAUUCAUAUGCUUCCCUCCUACCAGCAGUUUCAAAUAUGCGAAGACAGCAGUAAAACUAAGACAAAGUUCCUGUUUGUUUAUAAAAAAAACUACAUACAACAGACCUGACCUCUUUUCUUAUUCCCAUUGCCCUCAUAUAAUCAUUAUACUGCAUACACAUCUAGCUAUUGAGUCUAUUUUGAAAUUAUUAUUUAUCACAAACGAUACAGGA